CAAAUAAUCUUAUUUGUUUAGAAGAAUUCAGUUCUAGAUUUGUUGGAUCCGAUAUUAGUUCAUCUGAGAUUAGUGAUAAAGAUUCAUCCAGGGAAAAGGUAGAAACACUUGAUGAUCAUGAGAAAUCAAGACUAGUUGAAUUAAUUAAACGAGAAUUAUCCCAUAUUGAGUUUAAAGAAGGUAGGCCAAAUAUUGAAGAACUUGUCCGUGAAGAAGUUAAUAAUUCAGCAGGUUCUAUUGGUUUCGUCACAUGUGGUCAUCCAGUUAUGGUUGAUGAACUCAGAUAUUAUUGUGCCCAAAAUAUCAGUAAUCCAAACAAGAACAGAGUUGACUUUUAUGAACAACUUCAAGUUUGGGCUUAG